CUCUCCUGCCUUACCAAUUCCUUUUCUCUGCCUUCUCUCCCCCUAGCUUUCUUUGUUGCAGAAGAGGAUGCACAAAGCUUCAGUGAAACACUUCAGACAACGUAGCCGCCACAGCGAGGCUGAACUGGACUGCUGCCAGGCUCUUUGUCAAGAAGCCGACCAGAAAAUACAACCAGCUCAGGAGUCAUCUCUACUUUGGGCUCUACUACCACCGGUGACAUGGACAAACAAUCCAGCGUGGACACGGCCAAACCCGACAAUCCUCCUAAGGAAUAACUAUCAGUCCUGCUACAACAGCUUCAGCGUUCCCAGGUGACCGCGCCACUGAGCCCGCGCUCGCUCCAUCGCACCCCACUCCACGCCUGCUGCCACCCUGAAGGUAGAUGCAUCACGCCGGGGGACUGUACAGCCGCAGCAGCACCCCCACCCCACCCUAAAGCCUUGUCCUUUGGUCUCCUACACACGCACAUAACUCUCUUGGUCUCCAUACAGCCUGGACUCUUCACUCAGGUGGCGUCCACAGUCAGGAAGUCAUGUCCAGAUCGGGUGAUCGAACGUCGACCUUUGACCCAACACACAGUGACACGCUGCUGCACGGGCUCAACCUCCUGUGGAGGAAGCAGCUUUUCUGCGAUGUGACUCUCACCGCCCAAGGACAGCACUUCCACUGCCACAAAGCGGUGCUAGCGUCCUGCUCCCAGUAUUUCAGAUCGCUCUUCUCCUCGCAUAAUGCCAUCAACAACGAGGGCGGGAAAGGAGACCAGGGCAGCAGCGGCACCCCCUCGUCCUCGCCUGAUGACAAGCUGGUGGCCCCUAGCGCCAGGCCCAUAAAUAACCUGGUCCUGCAGGGCUGCUCCUCCAUUGGACUAAGACUAGUGCUGGAGUACCUCUACACUGCCAACGUGACUCUUUCCCUGGACACGGUGGAAGAGGUGCUGUCGGUCAGCAAGAUUCUCAACAUCCCCCAGAUCACCAAACUCAGCGUGCAGUUCCUCAACGACCAGAUAUCGGUGCAGAACUACAAGCAGAUCUGCAAGAUUGCUGCCCUCCACGGGCUGGACGAGACCAAGAAGCUGGCCAACAAGUACCUGGUGGAGGACGUGCUGCUGCUUAAUUUUGAGGAGAUGUGCGCCAUGUUGGACGCUCUGCCGCCCCCAGUGGAGUCAGAGCUGGCUCUCUUCCAGAUGUCGGUGCUCUGGCUGGAGCAUGACCGAGAGACCCGCAUGCACUACGCGCCGGACCUCAUGAAGAGGCUGCGCUUUGCCCUCAUCCCGGCACCGGAGCUGGUGGAGAGGGUGCAGUCGGUAGACUUCAUGAGGAGUGAUCCCGUCUGCCAGAAGCUGCUGAUGGACGCCAUGAACUACCACCUGAUGCCCUUCAGGCAGCACUGCAGGCAGACCACAGCCAGCAGAAUCCGUUCCAACAGGAGAAUGUUGUUACUGGUGGGUGGUUUGCCUCCUGGACCUGAUCGCCUGCCCAGCAAUUUGGUCCAGUACUAUGAUGAUGAAAAAAAGACAUGGAAGAUUCUCACAAUAAUGCCUUAUAACAGUGCCCAUCACUGCGUUGUGGAGGUGGAAAACUUCCUGUUGCUCCUAGGAGGAGAGGAUCAGUGGAACCCCAACGGAAAACACAGCACUCAUUUUGUAAGUCGCUAUGAUCCCAGAUUCAACAGUUGGAUACAACUUCCGCCUAUGCAGGAGAGGCGAGCCAGCUUUUUUGCCUGCCGUCUGGAAAAACACAUCUUUGUGAUCGGGGGUCGGAACGAGACUGGCUACCUCUCCAGCGUGGAGUCGUACAACCUGGAGACCAAUGAGUGGAACUAUGUGUCGUCUCUGCCACAGCCUCUGGCCGCCCACGCUGGAGCGGUACAUAACGGAAAAAUCUACACAUCAGGUGGCGUCCACAAUGGCGAGUAUGUGGCCUGGCUCUACUGCUACGACCCUGUAAUGGACGUGUGGGCUCGCAAGCAGGACAUGAACACAAAGCGCGCUAUUCACACGCUAGCCGGAAUGAACGACCGCCUCUACGCGAUCGGGGGGAACCAUUUGAAAGGUUUCUCUCAUUUAGACGUAAUGCUCGUGGAGUGUUACGACCCCAAAGCCGACCAGUGGAGCAUCCUCCAGACGCCCAUCCUGGAGGGUCGCAGCGGUCCAGGCUGCGCCGUCCUGGAUGACAGCAUCUUCCUUGUGGGGGGCUACAGCUGGAGCAUGGGGGCCUAUAAGUCGUCAACAAUCUGCUACAGCCCAGAGAAAGCAACAUGGACAGAAUUGGAGGGAGAAGUGGCAGAACCUCUCGCGGGGCCGGCUUGUUCCACCGUCAUUCUUCCCGCCUGCCUCCCAUUUAACAAAUGACAACUAAUCCAGCCGAAAGGCGACGAUGGCGGCCAGUUCCACAUGGAUUGGGAAGAAUCGCCCCAAUAAGAAGUCAACAAUUUUACAACUGACCCUGGUUGUGUGUAUAAAUUAUUUUUUUACAAGUUUGACAGGAGCACUUUUGUUCUUCCCCUCCGAAGGUGUGAAGAGAAAGGGAAACAAGCGGUGUAAAGUCAUGUAUCUAAACUUCUCUGUGCUCUGAGAAUGGUUUAUAUUAGGUAUGAUUUAUUUACACUGUUAGUGGGUGUUUUUGGCUUCUCUAUAGCACGCAUAGUGUCGAGCUCAGUGCUAGCUUUCAGCUCUGUCGUAUCCUGUAGCCACAUAAACCCAAUGACAGACUGAGAGAGAGAGAAAGAGAGAGAGAGGGAUCAUUCCCACUGGAACUUGGAACUAAACCAGCACUGGGUGAGUUACUUUUAUUGUGGUGUAUAAAUAGUCAUCAUGGCUCACUAUGUUUUUGUGGAUUGUGCACUAAAUCUGAACACCUGGUCACCUGCUUAUAUCAUAUUUUCUCCUUUUCUUUGGUUCGGAAAAGUCUCACGUUCAUGCAUCCAAAGUGAUCCAGAAAACUGGUUUGCUGUGAUUAAAAAUACACUGUACAAAACAUGAUUAACAUACCAAUUCCCAAUGUUGAUGCGACGCACUAAUUAACGUUGACGCUAAUGAUGGUACAAUCAAAUUGCUCACCCAUGUAUCGGAAGCAUUUUUGGGUAAACCCAAGAGUGGCGACAUUGUUUCUGCUGCCUUGUGCAACUAAUAGACGCCACUUCCAGAAGUAUUAUCGGAUACUAAGCUUCCAAAUCUGAGCAUACAGCAGACCUUAAUGCACUUAAAGUGAACUGCAGAGUUCAUUGUAUUGUAAAUGAAUCAUUGUGAUGUUUUAACUAAAAAACAAACCUCUUAGUACAAAUGACUCCAGCCUAGUCUAUGUCACUGAGUGAAAAAAGAAACAAAAAAGUUGACUCUAAAUGUUGAACCCUGUAAAGGUUUUGUUGACUUCAUUCUUGUACAUAAUCGCUUGCAGUGAAACAUUUUUGUGCACUCAACCUUUUGGAUUUAUUCUCAAAUCCUGUUAUGUC